CCUGCCACUGCAUCAGCUCCCGCCACCGGUCUCAUCUCAUGGCGACCGCUACUACUACGCCGGGGGAAACCGGCCACGGGAGCGCGGCCGCCAACGACGUGGAGGUGGUGGAGGCGAGCGAGCUCCGGCGGCGGAGCAAGCCCCACGACCGUGGGUCGUCGUCGCCGCCGCUGCUGCGGCCGCCGUCACGGGAUGGGGCCGCCACCGGGGAGGAGGAGGCGCCGUCGGUGGAGCGCGUGUUCGCGGAUAGACCCGUGCCGUCGUGGCGGGAGCAGCUGACGGUGCGCGCCUUCGUGGUGAGCUUCUUCCUGUCCAUCAUGUUCAGCGUCAUCGUCAUGAAGCUGAACCUCACCACGGGCAUCAUCCCCUCGCUCAACGUCUCCGCCGGCCUCCUCGGCUUCUUCUUCGUCCGCCUCUGGACGGCCGCCGUCGAGCGGUUGGGCCUCCUCCGGCAGCCGUUCACGCGCCAAGAGAACACCGUCAUCCAGACCUGCGUCGUCGCCGCCUACGACAUCGCCUUCAGCGGUGGCUUUGGUAGCUACCUAUUGGCCAUGAGUGAAAAAAUCGCUGGGCUGGCACCCGAGGCAAAUAAUGCCCAAAACAUAAAAAAUCCUCAUCUAGGAUGGAUAAUUGGUUUUCUGUUGUUGGUCAGCUUCAUUGGUCUCUUUGGUCUUGUGCCAUUAAGAAAGAUUAUGAUCAUUGACUACAAGCUAACCUAUCCAAGUGGUACUGCAACUGCCUUCCUCAUAAACGGCUUUCACACACCCCAUGGCGCCAAGAUUGCAGCGAAGCAAGUAAAGAAGCUUGGUGUAUUCUUUGUCCUCAGCUUCUUCUGGGGAUUCUUUCAGUGGUUCUACACAGCUACUGAUGAUUGUGGGUUCCAUAAAUUUCCAUCGCUAGGCCUUCAAGCUUACCAACACACGUUUUUCUUUGAUUUCUCACCUACCUAUGUCGGAGUGGGAAUGAUUUGCCCACACAUUGUUAACGUAUCUGUUCUCCUGGGAGGGAUCCUCUCUUGGGGCAUAAUGUGGCCUCUGAUAGCCAAGAAAAGAGGAAGCUGGUUUUCUGCUGAUCUCCCUGACAGUAGUCUUCAUGGAAUGCAAGGCUACCGGGUCUUCAUAGCCAUUGCCUUGAUUCUUGGGGAUGGACUCUACAACUUCCUCAAGAUGAUCGUUCUCACAGCCUUCUCAUUGAGAUCUCAAGUCAAAAAGAAAAAUGCUAGUACACUUCCAGUCUCUGAUGAUGGCACAGUUACCACAACUGCAGCUAUCUCAUAUGAUGAGGAGCGGCGCAACGAACUCUUCGAGAAAGAUCAAAUCCCCUGGUACGUUGCGUAUGGAGGCUAUGUUGUCGUUGCUGCCAUAUCUACUGGUGCUGUCCCGCAGAUAAUCCCACAGCUGAAGUGGUACCAAAUCUUGGCAGCCUAUGUCGUUGCGCCCAUACUUGCCUUCUGCAAUGCCUAUGGAACUGGCCUCACUGACUGGUCUCUUGUUACAACCUAUGGAAAGCUUGCAAUCUUUGCAUUUGGUGCAUGGACCGGUGCUUCACACGGUGGUGUUCUUGCUGGCCUGGCUGCCUGUGGCGUGAUGAUGAGCAUUGUGUCUACUGCUGCUGACCUGAUGCAGGACUUCAAGACAGGAUACCUCACGCUGGCCUCGCCCAGGUCAAUGUUCAUCAGCCAGGUCAUCGGCACUGGAAUGGGCUGUGUCAUUGCUCCCUGUGUGUUCUGGCUUUUCUACAAGGCCUUCGAUGAUAUUGGCAUCAGUGGCAGUGAUUACCCAGCACCAAAUGCUGCCAUCUUCAGAAGCAUAGCGAUACUGGGUGUCGACGGCUUCUCCUCGCUUCCAAAGAACUGCCUCAAUCUCUGCUACGCGUUCUUUGCUGGGGCAGUUGUCGUCAACCUGAUUAGAGAUCUGGUGCCCAAGAAGGUGUCAAGGUUUAUACCCAUCCCGAUGGCCAUGGCGAUACCUUUCUACAUAGGAUCAUAUUUUGCGAUUGAUAUGUUCAUUGGAACAGUAAUAUUGUUUGUCUGGCAACGGCUAGACAGAGCGAAAGCAGACACGUUUGGACCUGCAGUCGCUUCAGGCCUCAUAUGUGGCGAUGGAACUUGGGUUCUGCCUCAGUCAGUGCUUGCUCUUGCCAAGGUGAAGCCUCCGAUUUGCAUGAAGUUUCUGUCGAGAAGGACGAACGACAAAGUAGAUGUUUUCCUUAAUACAUUAUCGUAGAACUGUUAGUAGACGUUACGGUGAUGAAGCAAAGAUUCGACUCAACAUUUAUUACACUAACCGUGCAUAUAUUGUAAUUGCCCGUUUUCAGCAGAUCCACAUGUCAAUAUGAAGCAAAGGAAGAUAUAUACUGUAAGUGUGAUAUAUUAUAGAAAAAUAAGGGUAUGUACAAAGAUGAGAAUAGGAGUUUAUCUGCUUGUUUACGUUAUUGUUUGUGAUCUGAUACUUUCUUUCGAAUUAAAAUAUGUGCUAUGAUAUGGCAUGUAUUCAUAUGCAUGACAAGCGUAAGUUGAAGCAAGAUUGUUAUUAGUUGUACGUCAUGAUGUUCACAGCU